AGGUCGAAAGAGCUUGGAAGUACCCGCGUAUUUCUUAGAUGCGCAAAUCAAUGAUCGACAUUCCACACUUUAACCGUUUAGAACUCUCUACAACAAGUAACCAAAACCCGUCAACAUUAACAUUAAGCAUUAACCUCCUUUUCUCACUUCCAUCCAAACACGAAAACCCCCCCUUAACUUUACCCAUUUCGCAAUUUUCUUGGAGAGAGAAACAGUUUAAUCUUAACCUAAAACGCAUAUUCUUUACCUCAAAUCCCUAGUUAAUCGUAAUUUUUAUGCCAGUUUGAUAAAAUUUGCAGAGAUUAUUCAAAUUUGAUGGCUACCGUAACAAUGGCAUCGGCUGCUGGUGCAGCUGCACUGUUGUAUUAUACGUUAAACAAAAAAUUGGAAUCAGGUGACGCUGAUGAUGAAACAGAAAUUGUUGAGGAUGACGAUGAGGAGGUUAUCAAUGAAAAUAAUCCUCCUUUGGGGAUCGAGAGGGUUUCUACUAGAUUAAUUCGUGCACCGGCUACGUGGUUGGAGACGAUUUCGACGUUGUCCGAGACACUUAGGUUUACCUAUUCUGAGACUUUGGGGAAAUGGCCUAUUGGAGAUUUGGCUUUUGGCAUUAGUUUUCUUCUGAAGAGGCAGGGUAACUUGUGUGUUCAUGAUAUAUUUGGAGGAAAUGACAGUGUACAACUAAAGGGACUUGAAAUAGCUGCAGAGCUUAAAUAUCUUUUGAGUUUGCUUACACUUUGUUGGCACUUCUCAAAAAAGCCUUUUGUGCUGUUUUUGGAGGAGACUGGCUAUACUGAUGAAGAUGUUCUUAUUCAAGAACCUAAAGCAGGGAUAUUGAAACCUGCAUUUACAGUUCUUGUAGAUCAUAAGACAAAGUCUUUUCUAUUAUUGAUUCGGGGAACACAUAGUAUCAAGGAUACUUUGACAGCUGUCACUGGAGCAGUUGUACCAUUUCACCAUUCCGUUGUCCAUGAAGGAGGCGUCAGUGAUUUAGUUUUAGGAUAUGCACACUGUGGAAUGGUUGCAGCUGCUCGGUGGAUUGCUAAAUUAGCAUCUCCUUUUAUCAUCAAAGCUCUUGAGAAGUUUCCUGAUUACAAAUUAAAGAUUGUUGGGCACUCUCUUGGUGGGGGUACUGCAGCUAUUCUAACUUUCAUACUACGCGAACAGAAGGAACUAUCCUCCAGUUCAUGCGUUACAUUUGCUCCAGCUGCUUGCAUGACUUGGGAAUUGGCAGAAUCAGGAACUGGUGUAAUUACUUCCAUCAUAAAUGGGGCUGAUCUAGUCCCCACCUUCUCAGCGGCAUCAGUGGAUGAUUUACGUGCUGAGGUGACUGCCUCUGCUUGGUUGAAUGAUUUAAGGAAUCAGAUUGAGCAGACAAGGAUUCUUAGUACGGUAUAUCGUUCUGCUUCUGCUUUGGGUUCUCGUCUUCCAUCCAUUGCUAGUGCUAGAGCAAAAGUUGCUGGUGCUGGUGCAGUCCUCCUACCUGUGUCUAAUGGUACUCAGGCCGUGAUGAGAAGAGCCCAGAGCAUGGCUCAUGCAGCAUUGAGACGUCGUAAUAUGCUUUCCUCUUGGUCUUGCAUUGGUCCUCGGAGACGUGUCAAUGCUGUGCCGUCAGAUGGUCAAGAACCGCCCUCUGAAACUUCUCGUAUCAGCACUGAAACGUCUGAACCUCUGCUUGCAUCCCCAGCUGAUUCCACAUCAGAGACCCUAGAAAUCCCAUUGUCUUCUUCUGAAGGGUUAGAAUGGGAUUCAGGAAUUGGAUGUUCCCAUUCCAAUGCAAGACAUUUGCAGAAUGAGUUGGAUGUUGAUGUAACAGAUGGUGAGGACCUUAUGGAGAGCCCUAGUAUAGAAGAUUCCAUGACCGAAGUUGAAUUGUGGCAACAACUCGAGCAUGAGCUUUAUGAUCGUGCUGAAGGAGAAGUUGAUGUGGAGAAGGAAAUACGAAAAGAGGAACAGGCUGCACUGAAUGAGGUUGGAGCAGAACAACCGGAAGGCACAACCCCUGAAGUAAAAGAAGUACAUAGAUUUUUCCCUCCAGGAAAGAUAAUGCACAUUAUGACUCUUCACGAAGAAGUGGUUGAUGAUGCAGCUAGUGCUUCAUCUAGUGACAGUGGAAGCCAACAAUCCGUAGAGGCAAAAGUAGGGAUAUUUCUCACUCCGAGGUCAUUAUACAGUAAAUUGAGACUUUCACAUAGUAUGAUUAGCGAUCACUUGAUGCCUAUAUAUAGAAAGCAAAUCGAAAAGCUGAUCAGGGAACUCGAGAGUGAAGCUUCUGAAGCAAGCAGCUUGUCAUAAUGAAGCAACUGAAGUAGUUUUGUGAGGGCAAGUAAUACCUUUCACAUAGCAAAAUUAGCUAUCAGUUAUUGCCCAUAUAUGGAAGGCAACUACAAGAAAACUUCAGCGGCUAACUGAGAAUGAAGCUUCUGAAACUAACCAGUCUGAUAAUGUCUGAUCGAACUGAAGUAGUUUUAUGAGGUGAAAAUUAGCAUUCGUUUCUGCAAUUUUCGAGCGGGCAGAUAUGUUUUAUCUUGUAAAUAUACAUAAUAAGCAAGUCGGCAUUAGCGCUGAAAUGUCUUUGUUUGGAGAAAAGAGAAUAGUGCAUCAGAAGAAAUUUAGAGUCUGAUACUAAAGCAUGUUCGGGGAAUCGGGUGUUUUUAAUUCGUGUCCAAGGGUCGUGUGCUUGUCACAGCAUGAGAAUCUGUAGCAAAGAGCCAAAACUUAUAGUGCAACUUGCUUUCAACAUUUUCGAUUCAUGCCUGGGUGUAUUAAGUGACUAAGAAAAGGAGUUCUGAUGUAUGUGUUAACCAUUUUUGAGACUUUGGUUAUGUGUUGGUCGAUACGUGAUCACUUACUAUCUGAAUAAGUAAAGCAUUGACAUCUGAAUAAAUUCCCUAUUUGAAUAAAAAAAAAUCCACAGAUUCUCAUCUAUAUUGGACUGAUUUAUUGUAUACUUACUAUCUAAAGUGAGCACUUUUAAUCUUAAAGUAAU